AUGGUGACAGUUAAGGAGAAGGACAUUGUCUGGGUCAAGUGGAAAGGAUGUCCUGUGUGGCCAGCUGUUGUCAGAAGACUGUGUAAGAAGAAGAAGAGAAUUGUUAAGGUUUCCCUCACCCUCAUUGAGCCUCACAGCUCUAUCCCUAAAAGGUUGACCAUGAAUUACAAUCCAAGAACAGUUAUUCCUUAUAACACCCAGGAUUCAGAUCUCUUCAUGGAAAAGGGAAGCAGUUUAGAGGGUGAGGGUCGGGAAAGGUUCACUAAGGCUGUAGAUACAGUUCACAACUACAUGACCAAGAAGAUAUUGGGAACUUUGAGGAAAGAGGACACAGAGUUCAUGGAGAGUCUUCAAGAGGAGGAAGAGGUUUGUGAGAAUUCCCCGCCCCCAUCACCUGUCCCCCACACUGUGUCUCCCCCGGCCUCACCGAUGUCCAGUGUCGACAGUGGAGGCAGUCUUACAUUUGUAGGCUCAGAGGAACCAGAUCCUGAAAUCACUAAAAG